UCUGGGACUGGUGGAUUCACUCAAUCUCACUAUGAGAGUGCCUAGCUAGUCCCCCCACAUAAAUUAAAACCACUAUUCCCUACCAUCUCUAAAGUAGUACCAGUACCACCCAAUAAUCCAUGGAAAUGAUGAAGAGUACCAAAAUUAACAAUGGAAGCCAUCACCAUGACUCUCAAGAUGUCAUUGGUUGGUUCGAGGCCGUAUCGGAGAACGCCGGCCAAGUCCAAACGCAGACUCUUCGCUGGAUUCUUGAGCUUAACUGGGGUGUGGAGUAUCUCAAGAAAUGGUUAGGGGACAGUAUUGACAUUCAAGAGUUGAAUUCAUCUGCCGAUUUUGAAUCUCUGUUCACGAAGUUGGUACCCUUAGUCUCUCAUGGUGAUUUGGAGCCUCACAUUCAGAGAAUCGCAGAUGGGGAUACUGCUCCUAUACUUUCUCAACAACCUAUAACAACUCUAUCUUUAAGUUCUGGAACCACAGAUGGAAGACAGAAGUUUGUACCAUUUACCAGCCAUAGCUCACAGACAACUCUUGAGGUUUUUAGGUUGGCAGCAGCUUAUAGAUCAAGGAUGUAUCCAAUAAGGGAAGGUGGGAGGAUUCUUGAAUUUAUCUACAGCAGCAAACAGUACAAAACAAAAGGAGGCUUAACAGUAGGAACAGCCACAACACACUAUUAUGCAAGUGAAGAGUUCAAGAUUAAGCAAGCUAAGACAAAGUCAUUCACUUGUAGCCCAAGAGAAGUCAUUUCUUGUGGAGACUAUGAUCAGUCCACAUAUUGUCACCUCCUAUUAGGCUUUUUUUACUCUGACCAAGUUGAGUUCAUUACCUCCACUUUUGCUUACAGCAUAGUCCAAGCAUUCACAUCAUUUGAAGAGCUGUGGAAAGAGAUUUGCAAUGACAUUAGAGAAGGUACACUUAGUACAAGAAUCACUCAACCCAGUACGAGAAAAGCUGUCAUGGAAAUUGUGUUUCCGAACCCGGAUUUGGCUUCGAGAAUCGAGGAAAUCUGCGUGGAACUGGAGAAGGUGGAUUGGGUUGGAUUGAUACCAAAAUUAUGGCCUAAUGCCAAGUAUGUGUAUUCAAUAAUGACAGGGUCAAUGCAACCAUAUUUGAAGAAAUUGAGACACUAUAGUGGGGAGUUACCACUGGUGAGUGCCGACUAUGGAUCCACUGAGAGUUGGAUUGGUGUCAAUGUGGAUCCCUCUUUGCCUCCAGAGAAUGUAACAUUUGCAGUCGUACCCACUUUUUCUUAUUAUGAGUUUAUACCAUUAUAUAGACAAAAACAGGAUUCCAGCACUGUAGCCAUUGAUGACUUCUUAGAAGAUGAGCCUGUGCCUCUCUCCCAAGUCAAAGUUGGUCAAGAGUAUGAAAUUGUCCUCACCACUUUCACAGGUCUAUACAGAUGCAGAUUAGGAGAUGUAGUGGAAGUGGCAGGUUUCCACAACAAGACCCCAAAACUGAAUUUCAUAUGCAGGAGAAAGCUAAUAUUAACAGUAAACAUAGACAAGAACACAGAGAGAGAUCUCCAAUUAGUAGUGGAGAAAGGGUCUCAAGUACUGACGAGCAAUGCCAGAGCAGAGUUGAUAGAUUUUACCAGCCAUGCAGACAUAGUAAACCAUCCUGGACACUACAUUAUUUACUGGGAAAUUAAGGGAGAAGUGGAAGAGAAGGUGCUUGGGGAGUGUUGCAGGGAAAUGGAUGCUUCAUUUGUUGAUCAUGGGUAUGUGGUGUCAAGGAGAACUAAUUCAAUUGGACCAUUGGAGCUGUGUAUUGUGGAGAGAGGGACAUUCAAGAAGAUUUUGGAGCAUUUUGUUGGAAAUGGAGCUGCUUUGAGCCAAUUCAAGACACCAAGGUGUACUAGAAACCAAGUCCUGUUGAAAAUUCUCAAUCUCUGCACCAUUAAGAGAUUCCACAGCACAGCUUAUUCUUGACAACAAUAAAAGAAGAAAACUAAAAGCUAGAUUUUGUUUUAUAUUGGUCUGUUACAUUAGAAGUUUAUUCUGAGUUUAGACUAGCAUUGCCAAUAAUGUUUGAUAUGCUUAACUUUUUUAUUAGGAAAGGGGAAUUAUGAAAUUGAAAGCAUGUGCAUUUCUUUGUCAAUUAUACUUGGACUCUAGUUAUGUGAUAUGGAAAUUAGUAUCA